AUGGUAACCACUGUGGCAACCUUGUGAACCAACAGUCUCUCCACAGCGCUGGGCUUCAGGAUGUUAUUUCUUUCGCUGAUAACAGAAAUGUUCUGAAUUUAGGCUACCUGGCCUCUUCAGAGAAGGUCGGCAUUUGCAUAUUAAUUCAUUUCAAGAUGAGAUGUUAAUACAACAACCCGUGGUGGAUUGUUAGGCAGCAUCUGAUUAUUGAAUAGCAUUUGUUGGCUGCAGCUGUAUGCGACGGGAGACAACGUGCCAGAGGUGACUGCAUCUCAUCGCAGCAUUUAUUGAUAGAGAAAGGGGGACUGAUGACAAUAACAAUUUCAGAUAGUAUUUAAUUGUGCUCUUCUACAAUACAUACAGGUUAUCUACCUCGAGAAAUGCGUGCUUGCAGAACGCAUUAGCAGAAGAUGGAACAAUGACUUUUUUCAUAUAGAUCUCAGAAAGCUAUAGUCCAUGUGUAUGCCUAGCUUAAAGCAGGUCCCUCUUAUUGGACUUCUCAUUCACUAGUGCGUAAAAUGGGCAACAGUUUUUCUAACAUAGCUGCUUUUCAGUCCCUGCAUAUUGUAAUGCUGGGUUUAGAUUCUGCCGGUAAAACGACUGUCUUGUACCGCCUGAAAUUCAACGAAUUUGUGAACACUGUUCCCACAAUCGGAUUUAACACAGAGAGGAUAAAACUGAGUAACGGUACCGCCAAAGGGAUUAGUUGUCAUUUUUGGGACGUCGGGGGACAGGAGAAGCUGAGACCGUUAUGGAAAUCCUACAGUCGGUGCACGGAUGGCAUUAUUUACGUAGUGGACUCAGUGGACGUGGACAGACUAGAGGAAGCCAAAACAGAACUGCAUAAAGUUACCAAAUUCGCAGAAAACCAGGGGACUCCAUUACUGGUGAUAGCCAACAAGCAGGACUUGCCCAAGUCUCUACCGGUCCAUGAGAUUGAGAAGCAACUGGCACUGCAUGAGCUCAGCCCUUCUACCACUUACCAUGUCCAGCCUGCAUGUGCCAUCAUAGGUGAAGGGCUCCAUGAAGGCAUGGAUAAACUGUAUGAAAUGAUUGUGAAACGAAGGAAAUCAUUGAAACAAAAGAAGAAGAGAUAAAAACUCAUUACUGUGAAGUUGACCGCUAUCUUCUGAGCUGCCUGCUACUGUACCGUGACUUUUGCUAUAGUAGGCAUGUCAGGUGAUUCUUGUUAUGAUACACUGUAUAGCUUUGGGGUUAUUGGUGAAGCUAGUCACUUUUAGCUGUGCUGUUACAUUCAAUUACACAGAGGGAGGAAAAUAAAAACUUGCCUCUUGCUAUCAGAA